AUGGCGUCGUUCGUGGCCGCGCUGGUGGCAAUCGUGGUCGUGGCGCUGGUGGCGGUGAUGCGGCGCGCGGCCGCGAGGAAGGAGGACGUGCGGCGGACGGCCUGGCUCGCGGCGGAGCAGGCCCAGUUCGCGGAGCGCGACGCGUACUACUACUACGAUCACCACGCCGCGCCUCACUGGACGGCGCCGGACACGACUCAGUUGACGGCGCCGCAGGUGGCCUGGCCACCGGUCGAGCAGGUGGCGGCGUCGCGGCUGGCCUGGACGCCGGUCGGCCAGAUGGCGGCACCGCCGGUGGCCUGGCCGGCGGUCGAGCAGAUGGCGGCAACGCCGGUGGCCUGGCCGGCGGUCGAGCAGGUGGCGGCAACGCCGGUGGCCUGGCCGCCGGUCGAGAAGGUGGCGGCGCUGCCGGUGGCCUGGCCGCCGGCGGUGAAGGUGGCGGCGCCGGAGGUGGCCUGGCCGCCGGUCGAUCAGGUGGCGGCGCCGCAUGUGGCUUGGCCGCCGGUCGAUCAGGUGGCGGCGCCGGAGGUGGCCUGGCCGCGGGACGAACAUGUGGCCGCGCCGCGGCUCGAACAGGAGGCGGCGACGGAGCCUACGCUAGCGGCAGCGGCGGGGAAGAAGGGGCCGUGUGUGGUGUGCCGCAAGCCGACGACGUUCCGGUGCAAGCGCUGCAAGGGCGUCAAGUAUUGUGCCGUCAAAUGUCAGAUAGCUCACUGGAGACAAGGCCACAAAGAUGAAUGCCAUCCAGUAAGUGCUGAUGCUAGAGAAGACACCACAAUAGAAGCUUCUUCCACGAAAAAAAUUGAACGCACUAGCUCAGAUGAAGAAAGUGUGGUGACUGGAGUCGAGCAAGCAGUUGAAAGCAAGGAGAUGCCCCUUGAGAAGGCGUCCAAUACGUCAGAGGCUUCUCAACAAGAUAGCAAAGAGUUCACAUUUCCUCAGGUUACAGGACAUGCUGAAUCUGCUGACUGUUCGAGUUCUCCAACUUUUGGUAAACCGUGCAAAGUCGAGGGCGCUUCCGUUAGUGAAAAUGGCUCUCACACUCAGAUUCCGGUGGCGUGUGAUCCAUCUGAAAAGGCAGAUGAUCGUCUUGAGUUCUCUGCUAAAUCAGAGAUCAGAGUUGUGGUGCCAGAUGAUUUGCCAACGAAAAGUUUGGUCAGGCAACAAACUGCUCCAACAAUUGUGAGACAUUACUCAUCGGAAUCGACACUUUUUCCGUAUGAACGCUUUGUUAAGCUCUACAACUCUGACAAGGUGGAAUUGCGUCCUUUUGGUCUUUGUAACCUUAGGAACAGUUGCUAUGCAAAUGUCGUGCUUCAGUGUUUGGCCUUUACCCGACCACUUACAGCAUACUUCCUCGAGGGGCUUCAUUCAAAAAACUGUUCCCAAAAGGAAUGGUGCUUUUUGUGCGAGUUUCAAAAACUCAUUGUGGAGGGUAAGCAAGGACAUUCUCCAUUAUCACCUACUGGAAUACUCUCACAUUUGUCUGACAUCGGAAGUAGCUUUGGCCCGGGCGAAGAGGAAGACGCUCAUGAGUUUCUCAGGUACGCAAUUGAUACUAUGCAAUCUGCUAGCAUGAAGGAAGCCAAUGCAAAUGGUGCCCAUAAGUUAGCUGAAGAAACGACACUGAUUCAGCUAAUGUUCGGGGGCUAUCUACGAUCUAAGAUAAAAUGCACAAAGUGUGGGGUCAGUUCAGAACAUUGCGAACGUAUAAUGGAUCUUACUGUGGAAAUAGAUGGGGAUAUCAGUACUCUUGAAGAAGCACUUCAUCGAUUUACAUCUUCAGAAGUCUUAGAUGGCGAUAACAGAUACCAUUGUACCAGAUGCAAGUCAUAUGAACGUGGCAAAAAGAAGUUGACAAUAUCAGAAGCACCAAAUAUCCUGACUAUUGCACUGAAAAGAUAUCAGUCUGGUAUGUUUGGCAAGAUUAACAAGGCCAUCAGGUUCCCGGAAUACUUGAAUUUGUCUAGCUACAUGAGUACAACAGAUGAUUGUUCCCCUGUGUACAGGCUCUAUGCGGUGGUUGUCCACCGUGAUGUUAUGAACUCAUCCGUUUCUGGUCAUUAUAUAUGUUAUGUCAAGGACUCACAGGGGAAAUGGUACGAAAUGGAUGAUAGCCAGGUGAAACCUGUUUCUCUGAAAAAUGUCCGGUCGGAGCGUGCGUAUAUGCUGCUUUAUGCAAGGUGUUCACCACGGGCUCCAAGGUCUUUAAGGAAAUUGAUUAUUGCUCAAGGCCUAUCACACACAAGAAAAGCUAGGCAGACAACAGAUCCAGUAUCAACUUGUUUGGAAGGCCGGAGCCAUUUUAGCAGGCACCAAGGUACGCAAUCGCAGUCAUGCAGGGAUCAUGUAAUGAAUGGCCACACCUACAAGCUGGUUACGUCUGGUGGCUCAUCAAAUCCAGUAUUAGAGCCCACAAGUACAAGCGAGGAUUCUUUGCUGUUCAGCCAUUCUGAUGUAGGGUCAAGUGGCAAUUUAAGCAGCGAUAACACUGACAGCACAAAGAACCCAGGCAGCACGAAGGAGUGCACAUUUGGAAGCUCGGAUCAAAUGCACCCAGUCAGCACAGUGGUGAUGCCUGAGGAGCAUUCGCGGCAGAUGUCCAGCUUGAACCCUAGCUCUUCAACCCAAUAUGCUGAUCAAGGUGAGGUUGACAGGCUGCACCAGCUCAACCUUCAGGCGAGCAAAGGGGUUUGGGAUGAGGGUUGUGAGACCCCAUCCUUCUUCUAUGUUGACCAAGGUAAAUACCCGGAUAGUAGUAGUAGUAGUAGUGACAGUAGCAGCAGAAGUAGGUGUAGUAUUAGCAGUAGCAGUAGCUGUAAUUUAAAAGGACAGCGUAACCGUCGGAUGGUAGGGGAGGUUGAUCAUGGCCCUGGAGAGGGCCAGGGGCAUUUUAAGUAGCAGGCCGAAUGGGCCAAGCAUUUUUGUUGGUACAGAGGGCUUGGGCUGUAGAUAAA